CAAUUUCACUCAGGUAUACUAAUUUUAACUGCAUUUGAGCUCCAGUCACUUGCACAUCCUUCUAUUUAUAAGAAGAUGUUAUCGCUACUGCUUUCCGUUGUAUUAAUAACUGUUUAUUGUUAGUUAGUUAUUUUUUGUACUUGCGGGCCCCACACUCGUCCUGUGUUCCAUUUCAGUUCAGAAACAUCAUGUUUAUAAACUUUAUUUUGGUUCUGAUCUGGUUAUAUGCAUUUUAGGUUUUUUGUGAUUUAUGUUUAGAUUGCUGUAGAUUGUUGAUUGAAAACAUAAUUUGGAGAAAGUUUCUAGAGAUUUUAAAGAAUUUUAGAGAAAUUUUGAAGAAGAGAUUGGAAGUUUGAAUCAGUGUUAAUAAUCAUGUUUGUGAAAGCUACAGCUUCAGUUGUGAAUCUGCCACCAUGUUUCAGUAUAAAAUCCUGUUACAAGCGUCGUUCGGGUCGAGUUUCAGUUAGGUGUGUUGGAACAGCAGCAGAUUCAUCUGUAGUGAAUAGUCUAUCUUCAAAUGGCAAAGUUGGAUCACUUUUCGAGGUUGGGAGGAGGGAGGAGAUUGGUUUGGAUGUUGUUGUUGUUGAUGAGAAGAGUGGGUGUAAAGAGGAAAAGCUUGAACCUUUGUGGGAUGAUGGGUAUGGAACUCAAAGUGUGAAGGAUUAUCUUGAUUUAGCUAAAGAGAUGAUUAAACCUGACGGUGGACCGCCGCGGUGGUUUUGCCCGGUAGCUUUAGAUGGGAAUGAUUGUCCGUUGCCGGAUUCACCGGUUCUUCUGUUUUUGCCUGGGAUGGAUGGACUUGGCCUGGGCCUCAUUUUGCACCAAAAGUCUCUUAGAAAGGUUUUUGAAGUUCGAUGCUUGCACAUCCCUGUUUAUGAUCGAACACCAUUUAUAGAUUUGGUGUCAUUUGUGGAGGAAACGUUGAGGUUAGAGCAUGCUUUAUUUCCAAAUAGGCCGAUAUAUCUGGUUGGAGAUUCUUUGGGAGGAUGUUUGGCUCUUGCGGUUGCUGCACGUAAUCCAAGAAUAGAUCUAGUGGUUAUACUGUCGAAUCCAGCAACUUCGUUUGACAGGACACCGCUGAAGCCUAUACUUCCUGUCUUGGAGGGCAUGCCUGAUACACUUACCGGGACCAUCCCUUAUCUUCUUAGCUUUGUAAUGGGCGAUCCUAUAAAAAUGGCAUCAGUGGAUGCUGAAAGUUCAAGUAUUCCAAAUCUCGAGAAACUAUCCGACAACCUCAUAUCUUUGCUUCCUCGCCUUUCGGGAUUGUCUGAUAUUAUUCCAAAAGAAACACUUAGUUGGAAGUUGAAGCUACUUAAAUCUGCUGCUGCGUACACUAAUUCUCGUCUCCAUGCUGUUAAAGCUGAAGUGCUACUGCUUGCAAGUGGCAAGGAUAACAUGCUUCCUAGUAGAGAUGAAGCUGAACGGCUUUCAAGAAAUUUGCAAAACUGCAAAGUUUGUUACUUUAAGGACAAUGGUCACACCCUUUUACUGGAAGAUGGUAUUAAUUUGUUAACGAUAAUUAAAGGCACUCAAAAGUAUAGACGAACUUGGAAACACGACUUUGUGAAGGACUACCUGCCUCCUAGCAUGUCAGAAUACAGAAGUGCGCUUCAAGGAAAUGGGUGGUUCCAGUUUGCCACAAGUCCAGUGAUGUUUUCUACUUUAGAAGACGGUAAAAUAGUGAGAGGGCUUGCUGGUGUUCCCGAUGACGGUCCUGUAUUAUUAGUCGGUUAUCACAUGCUUUUGGGAUUAGAACUCGCGCCACUAGUUUUAGAAUUUUUAAGAGAGAAAAAUGUCAUAGUUCGUGGCAUAGCGCACCCGGCACUCUUUGUUGCGAAUUCUAAUAAUGGGCUUCAAGAAUUUUCAUAUUUUGAUUUAAUGAAAGUGUUUGGUGCGUUGCCCGUCACUCCAAGCAACUUUUUCAAGUUAUUUUCAUCAAAGUCUUUUGCCCUACUUUAUCCAGGCGGUGCACGUGAGGCUCUUCACCGUAAGGGUGAAGAAUACAAAUUGUUUUGGCCUGAUCAACCAGAAUUUGUAAGAAUGGCAGCAAAAUUUGGUGCUACUAUUGUACCAUUUGGUGCUAUUGGAGAAGACGACAUCGCUGAGUUGGUUCUUGAUUAUGACGAUGUAAUGAAAAUCCCUGUGCUAAAUGACUACUUACGGAGAACAAACGAACAGGGUAUUAGACUAAGGACCGAUAUGGAGGGAGAGGUAGCUAACCAAGAUUUUUACUUUCCGGGCCUUCUGCCUAAGGUACCGGGCCGGUUUUACUAUUUAUUUGGGAAGCCCAUAAGAACCGAAGGGCGGGAAAAGAUGUUAAAAGAUAGAGAAAAUGCAAAAGAGUUAUACAUGGAAAUUAAGUCUGAAGUCGAAAAGAGUAUGGCUUAUUUGAUUAAGAAACGAGAGGAUGAUCCUUAUCGAGGAGUCGUUAACAGGGUCAUAAACCAGCCGAUUUCAACCCCGGUGCAUGAAGUUCCAACAUUUGAACCUUGAGAAUGUACAUUUCGGUUAUUUUGUAAUCAUUAUAGAAUUUAUAUAAGAUAGUGAGAAUUAGUGAUAAAUUGAUGUAAAUCUUACAUGCACAAAAGCAAUUAAGGGUUGCCCUUUGAGGGUCACGACCUCAAAUAUUUAAUGUAGUAGCUGUCUCGUUUAAUCCA